AAGUCAAGACGCCAUUUGUUUUGUUCGUGUUUGACCCAAACAAUCUCCAAAUAUUUGUUUCAAGGUUUAGCGCGAAACUAAAACGAAAAGAAAAUGUCGAGGUACGAUUCUCACAGCGAAGGCCCGGGGUUCGUCGGUAUAAGGUUUUGCCAGGAGUGCAACAACAUGUUGUACCCCAAGGAGGACAAGGAAAACAAGAUUCUGUUGUAUGCGUGUCGCAACUGCGACUACAAACAGCACGCGGACUCCAAGUGCAUCUACGUCAAUAAAAUUAUGCACGAAAUUGAUGAACUGACCCACAUCGUCGCUGACGUCAUCUCAGAUCCUACUCUUCCCCGUACGGAAGACCAUCAUUGUCCUGAGUGUAACCACAGAGAGGCGGUCUUCUUCCAAGCUCAGACCCGUCGCGCUGAGGAAGAAAUGAGGUUGUAUUACGUGUGCACAAACCCAAUGUGCGCUCAUCGCUGGACUGAGUAAUCUCAAGAAUAAACUAACUCUAGGUUUGAUAAUUUUAUUAACCUAGUUGUUUUAAAACACAUUAUGGGCAGUCUUCAAGUGUUGUUUAAUGUAUGACUUAUCAAUAAAACACUUAUCACAAGCGGGA